UGAGAAGAAGAAGAAGAAGACAUUUCGAGAGUGGGAGGGCGUAACAACAUGUCGCUAGAAAAACAUAACAACUAAUCACUCAAACAAUUGAACGACACAUUACCAACAUAACAGUGUUGUAAAGUAGUUGAUAACUUUCGAGUGGUGAAGUUAGACAGCGUAGGAAACACAACAUCUAGGAUAAGUCAUUUGGCUCAGGGGUAGCCAACUUGUGAGCCCGUGUAAAAGCCGCAGCAUGUCUGUGCACUUUGAGGAGAAGAGCGGGGUCGUCCCCUGUAAGACUCCGUGGGGGUCCUGGUACCAGACUAUGGAGGAGGUUUUCAUCGAAGUCAACGUGCCCCACGGGACCUCUGCUAAAGAGGUCAAGUGUCGUUUGGGAUCCAGAGACAUCGAGCUGCAUGUCAGAGGCAAUGAAAUGUUCAAGGGCAGAUUGUUUGACACAACCAUGUCUGACGAGGCCACAUGGACACUAGAGGACAAGUGUCUAAUCCGGAUCAUAUUGAUGAAGACAAACAGAGAGGCAGGAAACUGCUGGUCGUCCCUGCUGGAGGGAGAGUACUGUGCAAAUGCCUGGGUCCAGGACCAGAUGCAGAGAAAGCUCACUCUGGAAAGGUUCCAGCGGGAGAAUCCUGGAUUUGACUUCAGCGGUGCAGAGAUCUCUGGGAAUUUUGCAGGUGGUGGUCCGGACUUCUCCAGCUUACAGAAGUGACAGAUUCCAUGUUGAGUGCUGGAGAUACCUGCUCUGCCUAAGGACAGCUUCAUGACAUGCAGAGAAGUGAAUUCUUCAGAUUUGCUGCUGUCAGUAGUUGAGAAUAUAUUUGCCUUCCGAACUGAAAAUUGGGCGGUAUUCAAGAUUUUACUGUCUGAGAGACACUGUCACAGGAGCCUUUACAUCUUUUUAGUUCAUUGGAAUUAUUCACCUUUCAAGAAACCUGUGAAAUGUUUUGCUUCAAUAAUGAGAAGACUGCAAAGCAAUAGCUUUUCAAUAAAGUUUUAUUGAAAGGUACAAGUACAUGGGUUAACCAGAUGGUGUAUUCAAUUUGCUAUUUUCAAUUUGAGAACACAUUUUAUUUUGCCUCUUAAAAAAAAACUUAAACUAGACAGGGAAAUUGGCAAAGAAAAUUCAAAACAAAUUCCAACCUAUGUUUCCACUGCAAUGACCAUUUUUUUCUAGAGUUCUCUGCAUAAUUGACAACUGAAAUCAAUUAAUACACGAGGUGCUUCACUCUGUGUACACAAAUCAAGAACCUGUGAAAACAACUCAUCUUUAACUGUGGAGGACUUCACAGCCUUCAACAGUUUUGUUAACCAUACAUGAUGGCUCACUAGCUUCACUAGCCUCACUUCACCGGAGAAACCGGAGUU